GGGGGUAGGUGCUUUGCUCAAGGGCAUUUCAUCCAUUGAUGGUAUGGCUGAUGGCUUUCAAAACAUCUCUGAAUGGGGCAACAGGCUGUUUAUGUUGGGUACAACAGGAGCACUUUCAACACCCCGUGUUCACACUCCUCCACUGUCCUGUUCUCACUGCGGAAUUUCUCCAGAGAUUGGUCUUUUGGCUAAGACAGGGGUAAGGAGACCUGUUGGCAGCAGUCAGAAUAGGGACAGCCCACUGAUACACACGUUAAGUCAGAACAACACUGUUUGCAAGGAGGAUGAGAGGUCAACAAAGAUGGACCAAUCAAAAGGUCACUGGAGUCAGGGUGCAGGAAUUUAUCUUCUGAAAUAAGUGAGACUGUGAAGAGUGUCAACUUCCCUCAUCUGCCCACAAGACGUCAGCAGAUACCCAGAGCAGGCUUUUGUGGUGCAGCAAUUAAACAACCAACAAAUGGCAAACAAAAAGUCUUAAGAGUACAGACCAUCCAUAAACGAAACAGAUUUGGAGAGACACACCUCCACCUUGCUGUGAUGAAAGGAGAUCUUCAGUCUGUAAAAGACAUGAUUGAAGCUGGUGCCUCUGUCAACCUGGCAGAUAAUGCAGGUUGGACCCCACUUCAUGAGGCAGUAUUAGGACAUAAUUACACCAUUGCAGAAACUCUGCUUAAAGCUGGAGCCCUAGUCAAUUCUCUAGGAUAUGAAGGAAUCACACCUUUACAUGAUGCAGUACUACUUGGAAACUUAAAGCUUGUUCGUCUGCUGUUAAAGUGGGGUGCUGAACCGUUACUGAAGAAUCAGAAGGGAGACAAUGCCAUAGAUCUCAAUCAGUGUGGGAAUAUAGAGAAACUACUGAGAACAUAUGCAACUAAGGGUUGUAGAAGGACAAGACAGUCUGCUGCUUUUGAUGAAGCAGAAAAAGACCAGCAGACCAGUGAACCUGAAGUUUGUCCAGACUCGGAAGAUGCAGCCAAAGUAGAUGGCAGUUCCUCUGCCAAUCCUGAAGUAAAAUCAUCAGCUCAAACUUUGCCCCCACUAAGAGACCCAAAAAAAGACUCUGAUAAUGAUGGCUCUGUGCCUCUUCAAGAAAGAGAGUCUCCAGGAUCUGAGACCGCAUCCUGCCCAGACAGUGAUCUCGACAGUGAUGUCACUGUGGAUUACAUUGAGACUCGGUCACCUUCACCUGAACACUGGGUUUUAAGUGCUACUCAGGAUUUCUCUGGAGCCACAGACCGAGUAAGCGUUGACACAGUCAGGGAAAAUGACAACACCAUGAAUGGGGAGCUUCUUGUAAAUCAGAGUGUGGUUUCAGGCGCUAAUGAAACAAACCCAAAUCAAAGGAAAGAUUCAUGCCGGGAAACCACAGAUGAAGCAGUCUUGGGUGGUUCUAGAGAUGAUCGUGAAAAUGAUCUUGUGGAAGAGAGCAAUUCUGAAGUCGCGAAAAAAAGGUUGCAAAGAAUGACAGUGGCGAGCGAUCAAAACUUUUUAGAUUACUUGCUCAACUUUGACCUGAACGGUGUGUCUGUUGUAAACAGUGGAAUUGACAGCAAGACUAACGGAGGUACUCUACUGAGCAAAAAUGUAUGUAAGAAUCCCUCUUCUGGUCCUGCAUAUUGUUCACAUGAUCAGAGUAACAUGUAUCAGGAAUGCAGUUUUCCUGUACUUACAUCCUGUCAAAUUGAAGUCAGUGGAUCGUGUGCAAAUGAGCAAUCUUUAGCCUCAGAAGAAUCUACUGAAUCCAGUGGAUCUCAGUCUCUCCUUAUAGGGCUAAUUCGUGACCAGGGACUUACCUGCAGUCUUGAGCCUCAGGUGGGUUUAAAGAUGAUAGGGCAAUUAAAACCAACCAAUGAGCAGCUGAAGUUUGUGCAUUCAAUUAAUCCGACAUUAAAGAAGACAGUCACAAACCAGCUUUAUUGUAAAGAACGCCAACAAAACCCCCCAGCUUUGCCGCUGCCCAACUUUGACAGUAAUGCUGUUGCCUCAGAAUGGUCUAAAACCAAUAUACACACUCGAAACAGAGCUGCACAUGGAGGACCAAAAGGAAACUUGUUCACUGAACUGUCCAGUGCAGAACUUCAUUGUCAAAGUAAUGAUCAAGAUGAAUCCAUCAAACAACUAAAGCAAAAAAGAGACGAUGUAACCCUGUUUAGUUUUAGUCAUUGCCCUGUCAGUUCUGCAGACAUUCAUGGCAAUGUAUGCAAUGAGAGGCUCUGUGGUGGCACAUCACUGUCAAGGAUACCUGACACCACUCUAGCUGGUGCCUUAGAAUUGCAAGCUAGCCCUUUACGCAAGGAAAAACUACUGUUAGCCAGCACACCAAGUUGUAAAAGCCCCAAAGUUGAUGAAAUCAAUAUUAAUAGCAAUAGAAAGAUUCCCCCAGAUGCAGUCUCAUUCACGUUAGUGUGUGCCAAAGACGAUAAUUCUGCUGUUCAAAACGAUGAUGCUAAAAAUUCUGCAGAUUCAGACUGCACUAUGAUUGAAGAGCAGGAACAGUUGAAGAGCACUGACAAGGAUAGAAAGGGUCAAAUAAGGUUAAAUCCAGCCCCAAACACUUAUGAGGGAGAAAGACAGGACAAGCAACACGACUCAUGUAAAACUGGUAAAGAGCCUAGCUGGGGAGAACCAACAGAGAGCACAACUGAGCCACUGAACACAGAGAGCUCUGUCAGUAUGUUGACAGACUUGUCCCAGAAGCCCUUAUGUUUACUCCCAACACCAGAUAACAAUCAAGGUACAGAGAGUGCAGGACAAGACUGUCUUCAGAAAGCUGUGGAAAAUGAAGAGGCCUCGUGCACUGCUAAACCGAGUCAGUGCAAAAAGAAGCGAUCCAAACAUAAAGUCGGAAAACAAACUAGCCAUGCCGAUGUCCUUGAUGCAGCCACGAAGCCAGCUCUAAACUGUAACCUGCGAAACAUCCACAGAAGGAAUUUUUUGGGAGAGACUUUACUCCAUCGAGCCUGUAAGAAAGGAAACCUACAAGAGGUUAAAAGGCUCAUUAAAGCUGGAAUAAACAUUAAUAUUGCUGACAACGCAGGAUGGACAGCUCUACAUGAGGCCAGUGCUGAAGGUGAUCCAGAUGUGGUGGAGGAACUUUUGCGUGCAGGUGCAAAUGUUACUAGCAGGGGGCUGGAAGGAUGCACUCCUCUCCACAUUGCUGUUGAAUCUGGUGAACAUGAGGUCAUGACGCUUCUUCUUCAGUAUGGCUCAAAUCCUCAUGAUAAGAAUUCACUCGGACAGAGUGCACUGGACCUUGCAAAACAUGAAAUCAUCAAAGAGCUGCUUUUGACAUUCAGAGAACCUCCUGUUGUACUUGGGCAACCAACUGAAUCUUCUAAACAAGAUUCUGAAAUUCUGCACCAUGAACAAAUUUGGCAAGAUCAAGUUCACAGACGACCACCUGCCUCCUUCACAAGAGAUGAUCAGAGGAACACUGCAGGAAGCAGUGCUGGUUCUGCACCUUGGAGUUCACUUGAGCGUGGUCAGUCCCAAACCAUGAGGGCAACCCCUGAAGAAGUGGAACUGCCAUCAGAGAAGACCGUGACAGGCCAGCUUUGCUGUGAAGAAAGCCAACAAAAACCAACAUCUCUGCCAUUGCCCGACUUUCACAAUAAUCAGGUUCACAGACAACCACGUGCCUCCUUCAAGAGAGAUGAAAAGAAGAUAACUGCAGCAAGCAGUGCUGGUUCUGCACCGAAUUCACUUGAGUGUGGUCAGUCCCGAAUCACAAAGGCAACACCUAAGGAAGUGGAACGGAAGCAGACAGGAGCACUAAGAAAUGAAAUUCUUAUGAGCAUCACUUCUAUCCGACUGAUUAGUAAUGAAGAGCUCCUACCAACAUGCCUGAUGGACAGAUACUGGGAUUCAUUCAUGAACAAAGAUGACUGGGUCUUUUGAAAGUUGUUUAGUUUAUACUGGAAACAGCAAGAAAAAGUUUUAUAAUCACAUAGAACCUUUGUUGUACAUUUGUGGUUAAAAAUGCUAUUAACAGAUUACUAUGGAUGUAAUGAA